AUGCGUGGAAACGUCACGCGUUGUUUUUCUCCUCGAGUUCAGUUCAGUGUUAUUCAGAAGCGCACAGCAGAGGAGCGCCAGUCUGAGCAGCCCGCGUUUUGUUUCACUUUAGUUAGUUUGUCUUUCUUCUUGGUGCUGAAAAAAAGCAAGAAUAAUACAGUGACUGGGGGGAUAUUUAUAAAGCGAGAGGAUGGCGAGUCCGCCACUGACCGGAGGGACUUCGUUAUCAAACGUAAACAUGCGCGCAAGCGUCAGGAAAAGUGGCUACCUGAAGAAACAGAAACACGGACACAGGAGGUUUUUUGUUCUGAAGGAGCAAAGCGACGGCUUGCCUGCGCGUCUGGAAUAUUAUGAGAGCGAAAAGAAAUGGAAAAACAAAUCAGCCGCCAAGAGAGUCAUUUCUCUGGACUUCUGUCUGAGCAUAAACAAGCGCGCCGACGCCAAACACAGGUACUUAAUCGCUCUCUACACCAAGGACGAGUAUUUUACAGUAGCUGCUGAAAACGAGCAGGAGCAAGAGAGCUGGUACGAGGUCCUCACUGACCUCAUGAGCGAAGCAAAAGUCUAUGACAGCACCCUGACCAACUCUGCGUCCAGUUUCGUUGGCUUCGACGAGGCGAACUAUGGCUUGAUCACCCCAGUCAGUGCCACCUACAAAGAAGUAUGGCAGGUCAAUCUAAAAUCCAAAGGACUUGGCCAGACCAGAAACAUUACUGGUGUUUACAGGUUGUGCUUAUCAAGCAGGUCAAUUAGCUUCGUGAAACUUAACUCCGAGGUCCCAUCUGUCAGCCUGCAGCUCAUGAACAUAAGACGCUGUGGCCAUUCCGACAGCUUCUUCUUUAUCGAAGUGGGCAGAUCUGCAUCUACAGGUCCAGGUGAGCUCUGGAUGCAGGCGGACGACUCCGUGGUGGCACAGAGUAUCCACGAGACGAUUUUAGAGGCUAUGAAAGCGAUGAAAGAGCUGUCUGAGUUCAGACCCUGCAGCAGACUCCGCAGCAAAAGCCAGUCCUCGGGGUCCAACCCCAUAUCUGUGCCCACUCGACGAAACUUGAACAACUUGCCACCCAGUCAGACAGGGUUGGUGAGGAGGUCAAGGACAGACAGCAUGGCAGCCUCGUCACCCAUCAACAAGUUUUCUUCCUGUCGGAUGCGAACAGCCAGUGAGGGCGAAGGGACCAUGGCUCAGGCAGUAUCGGAAAACGGAAGCCCUAUUGCUUGGAGCCACAUGAGCAGGUCCAACACUGUUUCAUUAGGAUGCCGAACAUUUGAGCCAUUGCUCCUGAAUCACAGCAGAUCUAUGUCCGUGCCUGUGUCUCAAUCACCUCACUCUGCUGUAAGCCCACUGAGCCUCUCUUCAACUAGCAUGAAUGGAUCCAUCACCACUUCAACUGUACACAAACCUUCCAGUUGCAAUGGUUCUGUCUCAGGGUCACCCAGUGACACUGGUUUCCUGUUGUGUGAUGACUACGGAUCUAGUCCAGGGGAUGCAAAGUUUAACCCAUUUAACCGAAGCAAUACUCCAUCAUCCUUUUCUGGAACGCCUCCUUCCCGUGACAGCACUGACCUCCAUGGGUACAUGAUGAUGGACAAUCCAUCCAGCCACUCCUUAAAGGUAUCCAGCAGGGAGAGACUGGACCAAGAUAAAUCAUACAGGAAGAGAACAUAUUCUCUUACAACACCUCAGCAACCAAGGGCACUUUCACAGCACUCGUCUGCUUCACUUGAUGAAUAUAUGCUGAUGAGGGCAGUGUAUGCUAAUGGACACUCUGCUUCUCCAAAGGUUUCAUACCCUGAAGAUUAUGGGGACAUUGAAAUUGGCUCCAGUAGGAGCUCAAACGGCAACCGAGACAGUGAAGGCUACAUGACCAUGACACAAGGUGUCGCACCACAAGGCAGCAAAAAUGAUCCUUAUGUGCCCAUGAGCCCAAAGUGUGUUUCAGCUCCCAAACAAAUUCUAAACUCCAGGUCCCCCUCUCAGGGUACAGUAAGGCGAGGCACCACCAACUCUCCCAGCAUUGGUUCAUUGGAGGACAGUGGCUACAUGAGGAUGUGGUCUGGCUCCAAGUCCUCACUAGAGAGCACAGAUGGUAGAGUGACAAAUGGCGAAUAUGUAAACAUGUCACCUGUUGAUCCAUACAUCUCAGCAACUCCGCCAGAUGACUUCCCUGGAGGGUGUGAGCCAGCACAGCAUCCUUCUCCCUCUCUAAGCUCACAAUCAAACAAGAUUGAAUGUCCUAGAAGAGAGGAGGACCAGUAUGUUUUAAUGUCUUCACAAAGUUAUAAACUAGCAGAGGAGUCAAACUACUGUGCAAUGUCUACAUUAAAUCCUACUCACGCUACCAUACCCCCCCUCAGGCACAGUCGCACUGAUGCCCUACUGCACAGGACACGAAUCAACAGACCUAACAGAUUAUCUCUGGACACGCUGAGAAUGCUUCCUAAAAUGAAUGAACAUCCCUUUUCUUGUGAGCCUAAAAGCCCAGGGGAGUACAUUAACAUAGACUUUGGUGACACUGCACGGUACUCAUUGCCCCUGGAGAGCCAAGGUACAUCUUCCAGCCUUGACAACAGGAGAAGAUCUCCUCUCAGUGACUACAUGAACCUUGAUCUGAAUUUGCAUUCCCCCAAAUCUGGAGACACCCUUACUAGUCUUCUACAUGUCAUCCCUGAACCUACCAACUGCUCAUCUGAGGAGGCAACGUAUUACCCAGGUGAGCAGCUGGGCUCUCCAUGCCCACCUCGCACAGAUAAAGAUGAUUAUGCUGAGGGAAAGUUUGAAGACACACACAUCUCACCCAAAUGUAUUCCAGAGAAUGUUAAAAGUGGUACGAUUUGCCCAUCUACCGUGAUGCAAAGACUUACUCUAGGUGACAAGGGCAUGCCUGGGAUGGAGGCAUUCCUGUUACCAAGCACCAAAUUUAACCCUGAUGGAGGGGCGAAGGUGAUCCGAGCCGAUCUGCACGGCCGAAGACGUCACAGUUCUGAAACAUUCUCAUCCACCACCACUGUUAUGCCUGUGUUUCCAUCAUUCGCCCCCAAGUCCAAGCUGCAAAGCUCUGCUUCUGUUGAAAAUGUUUCAGUGCGGAGCAGUGAGUGUUCUGAUGAGGAAUACGGCAGCCCCAUGUGUAAAGAGACCUCCGCGGGAUUCCAGCACGGUCUGAAUUUUAUUGCCUUAAAUCAAGAAUUGGCAAACUGUGAGACUAUGAUGGGCUUCAAGAGCAGCUGCAAAGGGGGAAUGAAUGGAUUUCAUGACAGCCCCUAUGUUUCCUUGGGCUUCAAGGAGACAGCAACCACUGUAAAAGAUUAAGCAUCACAGAUAUUCAUGGAAACUCAGAUCAGAAGAGGCUGCAACCACGGCCACAGCUGAUCUAUGCUGCUGUCGAACUUUAUAAACCUCACCCGAUGUUCCUAAGGGUGAUCCUGUCUAAGCUGGACACUUUAAUUCUGGACAUUUGGGCAAAUAUGGACAAACAGGGAUUCCAUGUUCUGCUCUGUUCUUCAGGAACUGCACUUUGCUGCUAGGUGACAACGGUCACAAAGUUGUGUUGUGUAUAUUGUAUAGAAUAUUUUUAUUGUUGGUAACACAUAAAUGAAUUAUUCUUGGUUGGCCUUGGCCUAGUGAAUGGAAUAGUCACCCCUUAUCACCCUAUGUUCAGAAUGUGUAAUAUAUAUAUAUUUACAACAGACACAAACCUCGGCAAAGGUAUAUAUUUAAUGAUUUAUUUAUUUAUGCCUAGUAAAAUAUUUACAAUGCACAUUAAUGAUAUUUUCCUGAAUAAAAAUAACCCAAGAACCCACUACAUGUCCUACCUCAGGAAGAGUCAUAUGUAGGUGUACGAAAUUCCGACAUAAUGUAGUGUCCCUGCAUUACCAGUCCAAAGCCUUACUGUUUUACUGAGAAUUUACUGAAACACUAAUUUGGACCUAAGAAAUCCUAAAAAACUGAAAUUAUUAUAUAUUCUAUUUUUUUAACGAAUACAUAAUUUACCCUUUACUAAUGAGUUUCUAUAUGAGAGGCCACUCGAUGUGUAAUAUGAAAAUAUGCAAGUCUAACCACAUGGUUAAUGCACAUAAUGACGAAUGCUUACCCCUGCAGAUUAAAACAUGAGUAUUAUUUUUAUGACCAAUUAUAUAUUUAUAGUUAUAUAUGUUGUCUUAUACUGUUCACAAGUAGCGCGGUAAAGGGAUUUUACUCUAAAUGUUCACAGUGGAACAGCCACCACACUGAAUACCUCCACUUCUUUUUUUCUUGAUCAUGUCUUCACUAGUGAUAUCAGUUGUGGUAAAAACGGCUGUUUGGUUUGAUUUAAGCUGCAGUCACACCAGCUUUUUGUACGAAUCGCAGCGAUCAGUGUUUCCACUGUACGAACUAACAGAAGAAUUUGUGUAGAGUUUAACAUUGUUGGAGUCCGACCAACAAAUUCAUAUCACUGACCAAUUUCAUUGCUUUCCUUUGUUGACCUCUAAAAAAAAAACAGUGUGUCAGGUUGCAACAAACAAAGCAAGCCCAAACGUAGCAGUUUAAUAUUUGGUAUUAGACACAAUAUCACCCAACCUGUCUAAACAUUUUGUCAGUAAAUGCAGUGACGUGUUUAUGAGUCAUUUAAGCCGCUAAAUAAGACGCUGUAACUGUGAUACAUCUGUGUUUUUUAUUUAUUUAUUUAUUCAUUUUAAAGCUUUAAGGCUCUCAAGUUAGCUCAGCUUGCUAACUCUGUAAAUGAGCCGAUAAAAUUCCAGUUAGCCUUAGCUGAAGUCACAGCUAAUUAUUAACUUUGCUUCUGUAACAGAACAUUUGUGGUUAACCUUCUCAGUCUGACUUCAUCCAUUUUGCAAGGUUCUGGUGUGACUGGGGCUUAAAACUUUAGGGGGGAUUAGGGGGAUUGUGUUGUAGCAGAAAAUACUAUUUACUAAACCAGGAAACGCAUGUGUGAGAAAAAAUAGAGCUGUCAGUGCCAACAGUGACGUCACUGUGUAUUGUUCAGGGAAAGAACUUGACGCUCGUGUUGGUGUCGGUGAGGAAGCAAUAAACUAGGGGCUGCAUGUUUUUACAGUGAAUAAGCAGUCGGGAUGUAUGGUACGAGUACGACUAGAUAAAUUACAGUCCACUGCUUAAUAUGUAAAAUAAUAUGCCUUUUCCCAUAAACAUAUAUCAAAGUCAAAUAAUGUAAUUUAAUCAUUUGUUUAAAGCUUACUGCUAUGGAAUUACCAAACGUAACUAUUUUCCUUUAAGUGAAGCCCAUGGUGAAUUUAUGCUUCACAGCGAGCUGCCAGUCAUUAACAGCCGAUACUGUAAUUGCAUGCAACUCUAGAUUGUAACACAAAUGAAUGUAGAGCUCGUAACCAACCUAGGGUAUGACAAACAACCCACAAUUAAAACAGAAUUAUAGCUGUAAAACAUAUAGCUGUGCUAUAUCAGUGAAGCAUUUUGAUCAGUGAAACUUCCAUCUGAAAUUAAUAAGGACCUUAAAUAGUAAAGCAAAAUUCAUCGCUUUAUUCUGGUCUGGGUUGUAAUGGGUCCAGUUUUACCCUGGGAGCAAGGCAGGAAUAACUUAUGGCAAUUAUAUCUGUGUUGCAGCUCUGAGAUUCAAAUUCAGAUCUCAGCUGUGGUGGGCUAGCAUAACAUUCCACAGCGUCACCCAAACGCCCCACUAUCCAAUUAAGCAAAUACACAAAUUUAAGUACAAAUACUCUAGUUAACUUCUAACAUAAAUAUCUCACCAUACAAGAAAAUUCCUGAGAGGCACUUAAUUACUUGAUUUGAGGGCCGAUCCUGCUUUUAGGUACCAUCCAUUUACCCUCUGUAUGCAAUAUUUACACACAAGAGACGAGUUAGUUUACAAGGAGAAACCAAAUGUGUAAAGAUUAUUAAAGUAUUUGUUGUUGAUUUUACACUGAGAUUGAUUUUAUGAUAUUUUUACAUUCUUUCUGCCAACUUAAUGGAACUUACAUUGAACAGUGUUGGAAAAUAAUAUAUAGUAUCAAACAUACACACACACACACACACACUUAUUGACCACUUUAUUCAGCACACCUGUUAUGUCUGUUCAUUCAUUGAUUUUUUUUUAAGCUAUACAAUACAUAUGACUGUAGCCCAUCUGUCUCUCUGUUCACUUUGUCACCCUCUGAACCCCAUUUGUCAAUCAAAAGUGAACAUCAUAGAGACCUUCACUAAACAAAUAAUCUUUGGGUGGUGGACCGUUUUUAAACUGCAAUGGCACCAACAUAAUAAUGACAUGAUGAUGUAAGUUGUUCUGGUAUUAGUUUAUCAGGUGCAGCAGUGUUGUUGGGAUCUUUAAGUACUGUUUAAACUUACUAGCUUUUUUUUAUUAGGAACACAUACACUGAUGUGUGUUAAUUUUCCUUUACUCUUUUCUGAUCCCAGGACACGGAUGGGUUGCCAUGCCGUGUUAUUACCAGGCUAAUGUCAUCACAGCGCUAAGAAUGAUCCACCACCCAAAGUUUAGUUGAUCGGGGUCUUAUGGGUACCCCUUUUGAAUAAUAAUAGUGAUAAACAGGUGUGACAAAGACUACAGAGCAACAGAUGGGCUACAGUCAAUAACUGAAUACCCACAAAGUCCAUCAGUGAAUGUACUUGUCAGAUAGGUGUACCUAAUUAUGUGCUGGGUGAGUGCAUACAUAUGUACACUACAUGGCCAAAAGUAUUUGGAUACCUGACCAUGAGCUUGUUGGACAUCCCAUUUCAAAAACAAAUGCUAUUAAAAUAAAGUGAUCUCUUUGUGAUCUUUUCAGCUAUAACAUCAGUCAAUCUACUGAAAAAGCUUCUCACAAAACUUGGCUGGGCACUGAUUUUGUUCAAGAAAGCUUCAACUGAUGUUCCAGUUCAUUCCAAAGCUGUUUAGUCAGAGCUCUGUGCAGGACACUGGAGCUUCUUUAAAUUGAGCUUGUUUUGUGUAGUCAUGCUAGAACAGGAAUGUGGCUUCCCCAAACUGUUGAUGCAAUGUUGGAAGCAUAGCAUUUCCUUAAUAUCACUGAUUUAUUACACCUGUUAGCAACUGUUCUGGCUGAAACACAUAAAUUCAUUAAUUAGAACGGUUGUCCCAAUACCUUUGUCCAUGUAGUGUAUAUGUGUGUGUGAGAGACUGAACCUGCUGUCUUCCAUUGUACAAAUUUCAUUUCAGUCUGCUGUUCAUUGUGAUGCUUUAUUGCUAUUAAGAGAUCUUAGUUAAAUAAACAUUUUAUUUAUGUUGAUAAAGAAUAGGCACAUGCAAUAAUUAAAUAAAUAUUAUCUUUUAAAAUUA